ACUGAAACUAUAUAAGUAAGUAACUAAUAAGCUUUAAUUAUCUACACGAUGUGGUAGUGAACUAAAGAUCACCCUCUUCCAUUUUUAAACUGAAGAAGACUAUUUCGGCACUGUUAAGUACUAUCAAACUGGGUUGUUGUAGACAGAUACUGUAACCAUGUCGCUACUAUUACAAUACGUUGAGGAUUUCCAUGCACAAGUGGAUAAAUUAGGAGAUCCACGCGUCGCUAAUUGGUUCUUAAUGUCCAGCCCAUUUCCCACGUUAGCAAUAUGUAGUUUAUAUGCAUACGGGGUGAAGGUCUGGGGGCCGAAGCUUAUGGAACAUAGAAAGCCGUUUGAACUGAAAAACGUUUUAAUCGCUUAUAAUCUAUUUCAAGUUAUUAUAAGUUUCUGGCUAUUUUAUCAGGGUGGAAUGGCGGGUUGGCUAACGGGUCUCUACAACUACAGAUGUCAACCUGUAGAUUACUCAGAUGACCCUACUGCCGUUUGGAUGGCACACCUGUGUUGGUAUUACUAUAUGUCCAAGUUUACAGAAUUCCUCGACACCAUUUUCUUCGUUAUGAGAAAAAAGUUCGACCAGAUAUCAACUCUUCAUGUCAUUCACCACACCAUUAUGCCCAUGUUUUCUUGGUUAGGUGUAAAGAUAGUGCCAGGUGGACAUUCCACUUUCUUCGGUUUUCUUAAUUCAUUUGUUCACACUAUAAUGUAUUCUUAUUAUUUACUUUCCGCCCUUGGACCUCAAAUGCAGAAGUAUCUAUGGUGGAAAAAAUACAUAACGACUUUGCAGAUAGUACAAUUCGUCUGCAUACUGGUACACGCAUUGCAAGUAUUAUUUAUGGAGUGCGAUUAUCCUCAUGCCUUCGUAUGGGUGUUAGCGUUGAAUUCCGUUUUGUUUAUAUUUCUAUUUAGAAGUUUUUACAACGAAGCUUACAAUCGCAAAGCAACGAAGAAGACGAAAGAAGGAAGAGAUAUCCAUAGUAAGCAAUUAAAACAAGAUGAUUUAGACAACAAUGCCAAAUACAUACAAACAAAACGGAACGCAAGAUGAAACAGGUGCUCCGGUUAAGAAGUUAAAUAACAGAUCGAAUUUGCGAACCAAAUGACUGUAUAAUAUUAAAUUGUAAUUAAACCAAUCGUGUGUGAGGGUAUGUGUGUUGCAAUGAGAGACUGCAAUCAGUAAAAAAAGUAAUCUAGUAUAGCCAAAGGUCAAAGGUGGCUUUAUAACGGUGGCGGCACUGCUGCCAAACUUGCCUUUGUAAUUCGUAUACACAUACACAUGUCAUAGCCUA